AUGAUCAAACCAGCCCCAGAGGCUCGUUGUCUCAUAGAUAUAAGUGCAAUAAGUAAUCCUGAAGGCAAAGAAUCGAACAUACUUAACAAAGAUGAGUCAAGCUCCGAACAGUGGAUUGUCAUUGGAAAUGGAUUGACUCCUGUCGAUUGUUAUAUAGAACUAAUCGUUAUGGAAAUGCUUCCCAACGAAAAAAGUAUGUGUUCUAUCACUUGCUGCAAUGGCCAAAACGUUGAUUGUGUCAUUCAACUACUACGAGUUGAGAACCCGAAUCCUCCAUUUACGAGAUCUGCUCUUGAGAAUCUAUCUCGAGCUAAAAACUACAAAGAAAAGGGAGUGCAAAUGUUCCCUCGCUACCCACUGUUUGCACAUACGUAUUUUAACCGUGCCGCCAAAUGCCUACUCUCAUGUGCGCCACUAGAUGCACUGGAUCCGGCGUUAGAGGGACCAGACACCAUAGAAGAAAUGCAAACCCUGUUAGAAAUUAUAUACCUCAACAUCUCUGCUUGUUUGAUAAAGCAAAAUCGGUUUGAGGAAGUAAUGCAGGUCUUGAAAUUCGUUAAACACCAGGUCAAACCCUCUGAUAAGGCGAUUUACCGAAUGGCUUUAGCCCAGUACCACGUGAAGCAGUUUUCGGAAGCCAUCGAAACCCUAGAAAGAAUCGACUACAUGGCGAAUAAAGAGUGCUCAACGCUGUUUCAUCGGAUCAAAACAACAAAGCAGCAAGAAGAGAACGCAUAUAAUAAUAUGGUUAAGAAAAUGUUCGGUUGA